UCUCUUGGUCGGACCAUCACCUUACCAACCAUAGAUAGUUAGAAUGGUGAGGCAAAAGAGUGGCAGUUUUCUGCCGAUCAUCCAUCUCCACUCUGUUUACUCUUCUCUGCAUUGGUCCUCGGGUUCUUCUUCUCAGUUAAUUAUUCUACCCAGAAAGGCGUCGGCUCCCACCUCUUCUCCUCCCUCUUCUCUUUAUAAACACCCCCUCAUCCUCUCUCCGUUGGUGCAGUCCUCUCCUUCUCCUCCGCCUCCUCCAUUCCCUGUUCCUUCCCCUGUACUCUGAGAACAGAGCUAUAGCAAUGGGGAAGGACAUGAAAACGGACAUGGAGCCAAUCCCUUCCCCUCAUAAGAGAGUCGGCAACUUUCUCAUCAAGGUCUUUGGCUCUGCCCUCCUCCUGGCCUUCUCCUACCGCCUCCUCUUCUCGGAUCCCACCGGCUUCUUUGUCUUCUCCAGCUUCCCUGCCUCGGAGAUGCCGGCACCUAAAGGUGGGAACUUGCAGAGAGAUUCCCCUUCAAUGGAGAACACAGUUGCCCCAUAUACUCGACUUCCACAAAUGGCAUUGCAUCUAAGAAAAGGGGAUUCACUAAAAGAACAAUGCGACCUAUUUUCUGGGGAGUGGAUUCCUAAUUCUUCAGGACCGCGUUACACCAAUUCAAGCUGCAGCUAUAUAGAUCCAUAUCAAGAUUGUUUGACAAAUGGUCGGCCCGACAGAGGGUACCUUUAUUGGAGAUGGAAGCCUUAUGGUUGUGACUUGCCUCCCUUUGAUGCAGAGAAAUUCUUGAAAGCCAUGCGAAAUAAAUCUUUGGCAUUCAUUGGUGAUUCAAUUUUCCGCAAUCAGAUCGAGUCAUUGCUUUGCCUUCUUUCUCAGGUGGAAGAAGCUGUUGAGAUCUACCAUGAUGAAACAUUUCAAUCCAAGACAUGGUAUUUCUCAUCCCACAACUUCACUCUUGCAUUAAUCUGGGCUCCUUUUCUGCUCAAAGCCGAGUUGAAAGAUUCAGGGAACUCAAAUGAUUAUAUUCAGCUUCAUCUCGAUGCCCUCGACGAUACAUGGACAAGCCAAUAUGGUAAGCAUGACUACAUAGUCAUGUCCGGUGGACAGUGGUUUCUCAAGACAACUAUUUUCUGGGAGAACAGCACCAUCAUUGGCUGCCACAACUGCCCAGGGAAGAACUUCAGAGAACUUGGAAUGGACUACUCUUAUCAGAAAGCCCUUGAACUGGCUUUCCGCUUCAUCACCGCAUCUCACCACAAGCCGCUCGUUGUCUUGAGGACUUGGACUCCGGACCACUUCGAGUAUGGGGAGUGGUACAAUGGAGGGGUUUGCAACAGGACGGAGCCUUACAAAGAAGGUGAGUUCAGUGGCGAUCCAGUGGACCCAAUGAUGCGAGGCCUGGAAAUAGAGGAGUUUGAGAAGGCAGCGACAAUUGGAUCGGAGAACGGGACUCGCCUGAAGCUCCUCGAUAGCUACCAUCUUUCGCUGCUGAGGCCUGAUGGGCAUCCAGGCCCUUACAGGAAGCUCCAUCCUGAUAUCAGCAAGAGACCCCAGAAUGACUGCCUUCAUUGGUGCUUGCCCGGACCAAUAGACACCUGGAACAAUUUACUAAUGGAGAUUGUGCUGAAUGACGGAGGCCAGAGGUAUUCCUCCUGAGAGAACGAAUCCAAAAUGCAUUCAUUUCUCUGCAUCUGAACAAAAGGAGUGAGCUUGUGAUCUUGUUAUACACAGUUUUUCAGAACCAGUUCUGUCAAGUCUAUCCAGUCUUGUUUUAUGAUAUUGAUAAAGAUUGCUAAUAUGUGAUCUGGAUGUAUCUUUUGUUGCUAGAAUCUGUUCUGUUCGUUUAAUGGAGUACUUUGAGCACAUUGAUUGUUA